ACAGAACAUCAAGUCAUGGAUAAAAAUGAGCUGGUGCAGAAGGCCAAACUGGCCGAGCAGGCUGAGCGAUAUGAUGACAUGGCAGCUUGCAUGAAGUCUGUAACUGAGCAAGGAGCUGAAUUAUCCAAUGAGGAGAGGAAUCUUCUCUCAGUUGCUUAUAAAAAUGUUGUAGGAGCUCGUAGGUCAUCUUGGAGGGUCGUCUCAAGUAUUGAGCAAAAGACGGAAGGUGCUGAGAAAAAACAGCAGAUGGCUCGAGAAUACAGAGAGAAAAUUGAGACCGAGCUCAGAGAUAUCUGCAACGAUGUACUGUCUCUUUUGGAAAAGUUCUUGAUCCCCAAUGCCUCACAAGCAGAGAGCAAAGUCUUCUAUUUGAAAAUGAAAGGAGACUACUAUCGCUACUUGGCUGAGGUUGCUGCUGGUGAUGACAAGAAAGGGAUUAUGGAUCAGUCACAACAAGCAUACCAAGAAGCAUUUGAAAUCAGCAAAAAGGAAAUGCAACCUACGCAUCCUAUCAGAUUGGGUCUAGCCCUUAACUUUUCUGUGUUCUAUUAUGAGAUUCUGAACUCCCCAGAGAAAGCCUGCUCUCUUGCAAAGACAGCUUUUGAUGAAGCCAUUGCUGAACUUGAUACAUUAAGUGAAGAGUCAUACAAAGACAGCACGCUAAUAAUGCAAUUACUGAGAGACAACUUGACAUUGUGGACAUCGGAUACCCAAGGAGAUGAAGCUGAAGCAAGACUGUUAUGGAUUUAA